GAGUGUGGGGCGGAGGAGCACACCAGCCGGGCCUCUCUGGUAUGUGUCAUCACUAUGGGAAGCUAUUGACAUGAGCGCUGUGUGAAACUAAUUUUUACUGGUCAGGUUCAACCCUUUCCAAGAUGGACGAAAAGAAGAAGAAGAACGUGUUGGAAAAUUGGCGCAUCAAGGCCAAGUUCCCAAACCUGAAAAAGCUUGGCAAGAAGAGCCCUUCAAAGCCUCCUAAGAAGCUAGCAUACCGACGCAGCAUCUCCGUACCCGACCUCCGCAUGGUCAAGCCCCAACUGGAUGAUGAUAACGAGCCAUUCAACUUCGACAUCCCCCCUGCGGCCAGUGAUUCCGAUUCGACCUCCAGCAACACUGCGAACGAUGUUCCAAUAUACAUGGAAGCGAUACACGAAGUCCAGCUAAGAUAUCUCUCGGAAACUAAACUGCUAGCUUCCAAUCGCAUUAGCGCACCGGCAGAGGCUCUCUUCGAGGACAUGAGUGAACUGCAGAAUCUACCCAGAGACCGGAAAAGUAGUGUCUUGGAUGAACCGAUUUACGCUCAAGUUGAUAAAAACAAAGCAAAUCCACUGCGAUCGACCUCUGAACCUAUUCCCACUCCUAGAACUGUUUUUAAGAACGUACAGCAAUCCAGCGAUAAACUUCAAUACAUGGACGAUGUGGAAGAAGUUGGGUCUCUUGCCGCAUUUAUAGCCCGUGCUCAUUCCAUGGGGGCACAGUCGGGGGUGAAGAAACCUGAGAAGAAACCUGCAUCCGAAAAAGGUACUCCGCUCAUGAUUAAAAGGAAGUGUCCGAGCAGCCUGGGUUUGGACAUUCCGGCGACACCAGCGGAGACGGAUGGGACAUCGCUGGACUCGGCCUGUGAGUCGCCCAGUGAUGAGAAGUUGCCCUGGAACGCCACCGACUCAGAGGAGCAGGAGAAGGAGAUGUUUGCUCCUCUAGACAUGAUCGAAUUCUGCCUGGAUGAAGAGGAGACACUGUUAGGAAGCCCCUGUGAGCGCAACACUGAGGAGAUGGCAGAGGUGUCCAGUGAACAGUUUGACUUCAAUGAUGACAACCUACUUGAACUGCCAGAAAAUUCUGUGUCUACAGAGCCCCAAACCCCUGCUCCCUUCCAGAGGUACCUCCUGAACAUCAACCUCAAACAUGGCCGCAACCUGGUGAUCCGAGACAAGCGCUCCGGUACAAGUGAUCCUUAUGUGAAGUUCAAACUUGAAGGAAAGCAGUUCUACAAAAGUAAAGUGGUUUACAAGAACCUGAACCCACGCUGGAACGAGUCCUUUUCACACCCUCUGAGGGACAGGGAGCACCAGGUGGAGGUCCGGGUGUAUGACAAAAACCGCACUACGGACGACUUCAUGGGCUCUUGUUCUAUUGACUUGAAAAACCUGGAAUUAUACAGAAACUACGAGAUCGAGCUACCUCUGGACGAUCCCAAAAGCAAAGAAGACGAUAUGGGCGUGAUCAUCGUAGACGUGUGUUUAAUGUUCCGAGACGCCACCAUCAAAAGGAGUCCGCGCUGGCCACAAAAGAAGAACAAGCUCCAUUCAGCACAGACACAGAGGUCUCUGGAGGGGACCAAGACUCAGUCUCGUACCCGCAUGUGGACAGGGCUCCUGGGGGUCACUCUGGUGGAGGGACAAGACCUGCCUCAGAGUGGUGUGGGAGAUGUCUAUGUGCGCUUUAGACUGGGAGAGCAGAAGUACAAGAGCCAUAACCUGUGCAUCCAGCCCAACCCCCAGUGGAGAGAGCAGUUUGACCUGAACCAGUUUGAGGACUGUCAGGAGCCACUGCAGGUGGAGGUCUUCUCCAAGAGGGGGCGCAAAGGAGAGGAGUCCUGGGGCAUGAUAGAGGUGGACCUGUCGAGACUGCCCCUGAACGAGGCCCAGCUCUGCACAAACGUCCUGAACCCGGGGAAGGGCCGCCUAGUGUUCCUGGUCAACCUGAGGCCCGUGUGGGGAGUGUCUGUCACAGACAUGGAGUCCGCUCCUCUGGAGAAACUUGAGGAGAGGGAGAGCAUCGAGGACAGAUUUAGUUUAAAGAACACUCACAAGUGCAUGAGCGAGGUGGGCUUUCUCCAGGUGAAGGUUGUCAGAGCCAAUGACCUGUCCUCCUCAGACAUAAAUGGUAAAUGUAACCCGUUCUGUGUGGUGGAGGUGAGCAACAGCCGGCUGCAGACUCACACAAUGUUCAAGACAGUCAACCCCGAGUGGAACAAAGCUCUGGCCUUCCCCAUCAAAGACAUCCACGAAGUCAUCGAGGUGACCGUGAUGGACGAGAACGGAGAUAACUUUUUGGGGAAAGUGGCAGUUCCGCUACUUACUGUAAAGAAUGGCCAGCAGAUAUGCCUGUUUUUAAAGAAAGAAGACUUGGCCAGGACAUAUAAAGGGACUAUUACGUUAGAGAUAGAUGUCAUUUAUAACAAAGUCCGCGCUGGAAUCAAAACCUUCAAACCCAAAGAGACCAAAUUAACCGAAGAAACCCCCAAGUUCAAUAAAAAGGUGCUAGCCCAGAACAUCUACCGCGUGCGGAGGAUUAGCACGGCCGUCCUGUACACGCUGCAGUACAUAAACAGCUGUUUCCAGUGGGAGAGUACACAGCGCAGCCUCAUAGCGUUCUUGAUCUUCCUGGUGACGGUGUGGCACUGGGAGCUCUUCAUGCUGCCCCUCUUCCUCUUUGUCCUCAUCGGGUGGAACUACUUUCAGCUGAGCGCUGGGAAAGUCACCUCCAACCAGGAUGUGGUGAACAUCAGCAUGGCGGAGGAGGACGAAGACGACGAGAAGGAUGCUUCUCGUAAAGGUCUGAUGGAUAAGAUACAUAUGGUGCAGGAAGUGGUGCUGGUUGUCCAAAACGUCCUAGAGGAGCUCGCAAACAUCGGAGAAAGAGUCAAAAAUAUAUUUAACUGGUCGGUGCCGUUCGUGUCGUUCCUGGCUGGUCUGAUGCUGUUUAUAGCCGCCACUCUGCUCUACUUCAUCCCCCUCAGAUACUUGGUGCUCAUCUGGGGCGUUAACAAAUUUACCAAGAAGCUGCGCAACCCAUAUACUAUUGACAAUAAUGAAAUACUGGAUUUCCUCAAGAGGGUGCCUUCUGAUGUUCAAAAGGUGCAGUACAGCAGUCUGUGGGCGCCUGCGGGCGGGAGCCAGGCACAUAGGAGGAGGAAGUGAGGGGCUCUCCACACCAGCACACCACCCUGCCCGUCCUGGCACCUGCACUUGCCCCACUGCUCCUGCCCCAGGACCCACCUGACAGGACGGCCCGCUGCUUUCUGACACCCCCUGACAGGGCCCUCUCUGGGCCUGCACAGACGACACAUGGUGCUGUCACUCAGAAACCUGGAUGUAAAGAAAAUAGAUGCUUUAGAAAUUAAUCCACUAACCCUGCAUCUCCAGAUUUAGUUUGACUAAUGCAGCUCAAAUGAGAAAUGUGCUAAAGGUGAAAUGGCUGCACACUUCAGGAAAAUACGGACAGAUUCUUUAAUCCUGGAUCAUGUGUAUACCUGUAUAUAUAUUACAAACUAUUUUAUAAUUAUGAGUACUUUUUGUUAAUUAUUUUACUGUUAAAUGAGUGAACUGAAUGUAUUUCUAUUUUUGACAUGGCAACAAUUCUCUGCACAUAAAUGACACUUUAAUAACCACAUGCUUUUUAUUGCAUUUAACUCGUGUCACUAUUGUUAUUAUAAGUUUUUGUAGACUUUCUGAAUAAAGGGCCUGAUCAGUCG